AUGAAAUUGACUCUUGCUCUAGUAUUAUUAGUAACAUUAGCCUCAGCCACUUCUACUCAUGAUCAAAUCAUGGCCUUUUUGUAAACUGGUACAAAGGCUAUGGAUGCUAUUGAUACAGUUUUUGGUUUAUUAAAUGAUCUAAUACAAUCAAAUAAGGAUGCUUAAUUUGCAGCUGACUAAAAAAAUGAAACAGAUGAAUGGGUUGGUGCUUAGUAAGACAUUAAUAAUUAUAUUCAGAACAAUUGAAUAAUUUACUAAAAUCAAGACCUUGAAUCAAAAGUUAUUCCAAUAAUCAAUUGAAAACAGAGCCUAAUUUGAAUAAGAGUUAUCAGACACUAAAAAUUAUCUUGCAUGGAAUGAACAAAGAUAAGAUGAAAUUGCCAGAAAAAUUGAUGUUUUGCUUGAUUAAUAAUGCUUAAGCAAUCAACUUUUUGUUAGAUCAAUCAAAUAAAAUAGAGAAGCUCUUGAAGUUGUGAGAUUACUCAAAUAAGAUGUUGCAGGAUAUAUUAUUAAUGGAGAUUCUUUUGAAUUAGUGUAAGUUCAAAGUGUAGCUGAAAAACUUAAAUCAUACAGCAAUACAUUUAAUGAACAUGAAAUUAAUUCAUUCCUUUAAUUAGCUAAUAACUAAGAGGAUGGAUCAGUUAGUAGAGGAGCAACCUUAGCUGAAAGAGUUUUAUCAGUAUUAGAAGGACUUGAAGCUAAUCUUGCAGCUUCCCUUGAAGCACUUGAAACUAAUGAAAUUAAUGCCUCAUGGGAAUUAGCUGGAUGGGUUUCAUUGAGUGAAGCAGAAAUUGCUACUUUGAAAGUUGAAUAUGAAAGAAAAUAAGUUUAUGCUGAUAGAUUAGCAACUGUAAUAUUUAUUAAAUAAUAAAUUCUAGUAAAUUUAAGCAGCUCUUGCUUAAUAAGCUAAAUCCAAGAUUAUUUUACAAGAAUCUUAAGAUGCUCUUGAUUAAGCCUAAGCUGAUUUGGAAGCUAAAAGAGCAGAUUAUGCUGAAGCUAAGGCUAAGAGAGAUGAAGAGAAUGCUAUAAUUGAAUAAGUGAUCAUUAUCUUCAAGAAAUAAGUUGCCUCAUGGUCUGGAAGAUGAUAUUCAUUUUCAUCAUAAAAUAAUACAAAUAUUUAGUAAAAA